CGCUGCGGUGCAGAAUCAACUCGAGUCCUUAUCAUGGCGUCCCUUGCGAUGGCCGCGGUGGAGGGCGCAAAGCAGCUGCCUCUCCACGAGGCCAUCUCGGGCAUCUUUGGCAGCAUCAGCAUGGCCGCUUGGAUCUGUGUCAUUCUGCCCCAGAUGAUUGUCAACUACCGAGCGAAGAGCGCCGACGGACUGAGUAUAUCCUUUCUCGUCGUCUGGAUGAUCGGCGAUGCUACAAACUUGGUCGGCGGCCUCUUCACGCACCUGGCCCCGACCGCCAUUGCGCUGGCCUGGUACUUUUGCGUCGCCGAUUUCCUCCUCAUCUCGCAGUGCCUAUACUACAACUCGGUCAACGCGCGCCGGGCUGCCGAGGCGGCCGAGGCCAACGAAGAUGCGCCCCUCCUCGGAGAGCGACGCCCGUCGCAUCGCCGCCGCUCCAUCGCAAGCGAGGACGGCGGCAAGAUUGCGCCGGCCGGCGACGAGCUGAUUGAGCGCUCUUCGUGGUCUUCCAAUGCAGCCUGCCUGCUCGGCGUGUACGUUGUCGGGUUUGCGGGUUGGUAUCUCUCAUACAAGGCUGGGGCCUACAACGAGACGGAUCCGGUCGUGGUGAAUGCUGCGUCGGACUUGUUGGAGAAGAUUGGCAUGGUGCUUGGGUACUUUAGCGCAGUUUGCUAUCUCUGUGCUCGCAUUCCUCAGAUCAUCAAGAACUAUCGAGAGAAGUCGUGCGAAGGCCUCUCGAUUCUCUUCUUCAUGCUCUCCUUGACCGGGAACCUGACGUACGCCAUCAGCAUCGUCGCCUAUUCCCAGGAGAAGAAAUACAUUAUCAACACCAUCCCCUGGCUGAUCGGAUCGCUUGGCACCGUCGUCGAGGAUGCUACCAUCUUUGUGCAGUUCCGACUAUACGCCAACAACAGGCGAAGCGACGCUGUCCAGGCAUAAAGCAGCAUGGCUGUAGCUUUCGCCUCAACGGUGGGCGCGUUGCAGAGAAGAGAACGGCAUUGCUCGACUUGGCAUAUCCGGUGUUUACUCGUUUGGAUUUAGGUGAUUUGGAAUACGGUGUCACGGUGUCUUCACAUGGCGUUCGGGUGACGGGAAUUGUCUGUUUGUGUUGACCUCUUAGAUACAGGUCAAAGGCAUAG